AUGCUUUGGGUCAACAGGGAUGUGGAAGCGGAGCAAGUGCGGAUCGAGUCGCCGGAUCUGACAGCGGCCGUCAUUCGGCUCCCCGAGCGACUGAUUUUUAUGGCAUCAGUUUACGUAGAAGGCGGGGAUGUCUCGGCGUUGAACGACACAUGCGAUCACUUGAGAAAAGCCAUCACAAAGGUACGACGAGAUACAGGGACGGUGGUGGAGGUCGUGAUUGUGGGAGACUUUAACCGCCAUGAUCAACUUUGGGGAGGAGACGAUGUGUCCUUGGGUAGGCAAGGCGAAGCGGAUCCAAUCAUCGACUUCAUGAAUGAAUUUGCACUCAGCAGCCUGCUCAAACGAGGCACCAAGACAUGGCACGGUGGAGGACACUCUGGGGACUGCGAGUCCACUAUCGACCUCGUUCUCGCCUCGGACAAGUUGACAGACUCGAUGCUGAAGUGCGGAGUACAUGGAACGGAGCACGGCUCGAACCACCGCACCAUUGAGACCGUUUUUGGUGCUCCGUGGCCGGCUCCAAGGCAGCUAGAGCGACUGCUGCUGAAAAAUGCGCCAUGGAAAGAGAUUAGUGCCAGAAUUGCGAGAAAUCUAGCUACCACUCCGUGGGAAGGCUCAGUGCAGCAAAAGACCGAUCGACUCAUGUCCGCGGUGUCGGAGGCGCUGCAUGCCUUGACGCCACGGGCCAAACCGUCACCACACGCGAAGCGAUGGUGGACGGAGGACCUCACACAACUCCGUCAGAUAUACACGUAUUGGAGAAACCAUGCCCGCUCGGAGCGACGGGCAGGGCGAAAGGUACCGCAGCUGGAGAGCACGGCCGCAAGCGCGGCUAAGCAAUACCAUGACGCAAUUCGGAAACAAAAGAUGAAGCACUGGAAUGAGUUCCUGGCGGACAACGAUAACAUUUGGAAAGCUGCCAAAUACCUGAAGUCGGGAAAGGUCCCACAGCUCCUCAGAGCAGACGGAACUGUUACCACCGACCAUGAGGAGCAAGCAGAAGAACUACUGACCAAAUUCUUCCCGCCCUUGCCGGACAACAUUGCCGAUGAAGGAACUAGACCACAAAUAGCCCCGGUAGAGAUGCCGGUCAUCACCCUGGAAGAAGUCGAACGGCAGCUAAUGGUCGCAAAGUCUUGGAAAGCGCCAGGCGAGGACGGUCUACCGGCGAUUGUGUGGAAGAUGACGUGGCCCACAGUCAAGCAUCGCGUCCUUGACCUAUUUCAGGCAUCGCUAGAAGAAGGCACGUUGCCAAGACAGUGGAGACAUGCGAAGAUUAUACCAUUGAGAAAGCUCAAUAAAGAAAACUACGCCAUGGCCAAAGCAUGGAGGCCGAUCUCACUCCUGGCGACACUAGAGACACACGGUUUGCUUCCGGCCAGUCGUUUCGGAGCCCGAAAGCAGCGGUCAGCGGAGCAGGCACUGGUGCUUUUGCAAGAGCAAAUCUACACGGCGUGGCGUGGCCGACGGGUGAUGAGUUUGAUCAGCUUCGAUGUCAAAGGAGCCUACAAUGGGGUCUGCAAAGAACGGUUGCUUCAGAGGUUGAAGGCGCGAGGGAUACCGGAGGUGCUGCUCCGGUGGAUCGAGGCAUUCUGCUCAGAACGAACGGCGACGAUCCAAAUCAACGGGCAAGUGUCGGAGGUCCAGAGCCUUCCACAGGCUGGCCUACCUCAGGGCUCACCCUUGUCCCCGAUCCUAUUCCUCUUCUUCGACGCAGACCUCGUGCAAAGACAAAUCGACUGCCAGGGAGGAGCAAUUGCCUUUGUGGAUGAUUUCACCGCAUGGGUAAUCGGGCCAACCGUGCAGAGUAACAGGAAAGCACUUUUCUUACAGUAUAAUAAUAAUAAUGCCCCAGCGAUGGGCAGACACCUCUACGUGGUGCUGGGGACGAGUACCCAAGCGAUGGUCGUCCUUCGCAUGGGGAAGCCAAGAUCUGCUCGGGAAGACGGGAAGAAUGGUGCUCAGCGGGGCCAGAGCCAUCGCGGGGUAUCGCACAAACCACCAACGUCGACGACGAUAUAG